AUGGAUGACUUUGAUGUCUUUUCAAAUCUACCAUCAAACAAUAUUACUGUUUCCCCUGCAAAUGAGAAUACAAACAGCAAUUUUGACUUGUUUGAUUUUCCUGCUGACGAGAAUUUGCCUAAUCCGCAAGCUCACGAAAAGAUCCCAACGAAAACAGCAGUUAGCGAUCAGUCAUGGGAUCUAGCAAACGAUCUUGGUAGCGAACAAGAAACAAAAACAUUAACAACCCCUGAAGAUGGUUCGAGCAAUAUACAAUCACAUGAUAAGAAUAUCUUCAAUAAUAAUGGUCCUGAAGAUAAUACUGAAGUCAGACUAAAUGCAGCUUAUACUUCGGAUGUUAAUGACGAAUCAAAUAUGUUUAGUUUUAAUGAAAAAAGUGAUUUAACUGAAGCUAAAGUAGAAAAAGCGAACAAUGAUAAUCUAUUUGGCUCAGACGAUAAACAACAAUUAAAUAUUUUAGAGUCAACAAAUAUUGCCAGUGAUGAUUUCCCAUCGGAUUCUCAGAAGUCAACUAAUACUGCUGUCAAUAAUGAGUCAAUUCAACAACAACAAUUUGCUCCUGUUGUCAACCAAGAAUUUGCAGUAUCAGCCGAUAAACAAUCCGUUUUCGACCAAUAUGAUAGCGAAAUAAUAACAACACAUGAUCAACAGCAUUUUGUAACAGAAACAUCACCGCCUGCUAUAUCGAGUCUAUCGCAACAAGAAGAAUACCCAAUAACGUUGUCAGAUUCAAAAUAUGAACAGUUUGAUGAUAAUGAAAAUGAAACAUCGUUAUUUGCACCACCCACCAUAUCUUUCGAUCAAAAACGUCAAUUAGAAAUAGCCGAGAAAGAUGCAGAAGAACAGCGAAAAACUAAUGAAUUAAAGCAACAAGCGAAACAGGAUUUAAAUCAAUGGUAUAAUGAAAGACAAAAAAGAUUAGAAGAAAAACGAAAACAAAUGAAAAAUGAUGAAGAAAUUCUUAGAACGAAAGCACAAGAAAAAAGUGUAAAGCAAACAUGCAAUUGGGAUAAAGUAUUACAAUACAUUGAUUUUUCUCCAACAUCCGGAUUAACAAAGUCAAAACGGGAUCUAUCAAGGAUGAAAACAAUAUUGUUGAAUGUAAAACAAACGCCAAAAAUGUCUAAUGGAAUAUAA